GUGUCGCUCCGCAGCAAACACUAGUGAAGGACCAAUCAAUUUCAUAAUGUGCUUCCGACGCGGUCUUCAUCCUCGCAUAGCUACAGGCUGCAAACCAACAAACUGUUAUACAAAUACAUUUGGUAAUAAAAUGGCUGUAAAAGGAAUGCUAUCAACCGCCGGUGGCAGUUUGACGUCCUCUAGAGUAACCUCAUCGUCCUACAUACCGCGUUUGGCUUGUUUCACAUUUUUCCUGCUCUCCGCUCUACCGUUGCCGUUCUUCACAACAGCUAAUCGAUUAUCGGAUACCAAACUCCAUGAAGUCUAUCUGGACAACACCGAAAUAAAACUCAGUUGGAUGGUGGACUGGUAUAAGCAAGAGGUUCUGUUUCAUUUGCAAAAUGCGUUUAAUGAAAAUCAUCGUUGGUUCUAUUUGGGCUUCUCGAAGCGUGGCGAAUUGGGCGAUGCUGACAUCUGUUUCUUUGAAAAUCAAAAUGGAUUUUUUAACACUGUCACUGACACUUACACAAGUCCGGAUGGAAAAUUUAUACGAAGAGACUAUCAGCAAGAUUGUGUACUGUUCAAGAUGGAUGAAUACACGUUGGCAUUUAAGCGGAAAUUUGACACAUGCGAUCCGCUGGAUUUGAGAAUGCACGAGGGUACUAUGUACAUUGCUUGGGCGCGAGGCGAAAGUCGUUUGGCAUUGAAAGAUUACCAGUUUCCAUUUCCCAAUGUGUCAUCUCACGAAUCUGGUAUCAAGAUGAUGCAGUUACUUCGCGCCGAUAAAAUUCUCAUUCCAGAAACAAAUUUGAAAACCAUUCAAGUUAUACUCGAAAACGUGACCGUACCAGCAAAGGAAACAACAUAUUGGUGUCACGUACAAAAACUGGAUGAAUCAUUCGCGACAAAGCAACACAUAGUGCAAUUCGAACCAAUUAUUACCUCUCGCGAUCUGGUACACCAUCUCGAAGUUUUUCAUUGUGAAACAGAUCCACAAGCUGAGAUACCAUUAUAUAAUGGCGAUUGUGAACAGUUGCCGAUGGAAGCUAAAGUAUGUUCGAAAGUGAUUUCAUUGUGGGCUAUGGGCGCUAGCACAUUCACUUAUCCACCAGAGGCGGGUUUGCCAAUCGGCGGGGAGGACUAUAACCCGUUUAUUAGGCUGGAAGUACAUUUUAACAAUCCUGAGGUGAAAGAAGGUCGCAUUGAUAGUUCUGGUAUGCGGAUCAAACUGGCUCCGAAAUUGAGACGAUUCGAUGCUGGCGUAAUGGAAUUGGGAUUGGAAUAUACAGACAAGAUGGCAAUACCUCCGGGACAAGUAGGAUUUCCACUAAGCGGUUAUUGCAUUGCCGAAUGUACUGGAGUGGCGCUUCCUCCCAGAGGGAUUAUCAUCUUCGGUUCACAAUUGCAUACCCACCUUCGCGGUGUACGUAUUCUGACACGUCAUUUUCGCGGCAAACAGGAACUUUGCGAAAUCAAUAGAGAUGACUACUAUUCCCACCACUUUCAAGAAAUGCGAAACCUUCAUUACAAGCCACAUGUACAGCCGGGUGAUGCUUUAGUCACAACAUGCUAUUACAAUACCGUUGGCCAAGAAAACGUUACUCUAGGUGGAUUUUCAAUCAGCGACGAGAUGUGUGUAAACUACAUUCAUUACUAUCCAGCUACAAAAUUGGAGGUUUGCAAAAGCUCUGUUUCUGAAGAAACCCUGGAAAAUUACUUUAUUUACAUGAAGAAAAAAGAGCAUCAGCGUGACAUAAGAUUGAAUGGUGGACGUUCGAAGAAUUAUCACAGUAUAAAAUGGACUCAACCGCGUGUGGAUCAAUUAUAUACGAUGUACACUCAGGAACCGCUGAGUAUGCAAUGCAACAAAUCGGACGGUUAUCGAUUUGAUGGAUACAAUUGGGAGGGAGCACCAGUGACACCUGUGGAAAUUAAGAUCCCCAUGCAUGGCAAAUUCUGUCCAAACUAUAACCCACUGUGGUUAAAACCCCUCGAAAUAGGCGCUUGCGACUUACUUGGGGAAUGUAUAUAUUAAAACAGAACAACAGAGAAAGGGAAAAAUCUGGAUGCACAAAAGUUUCUUGUAGUUUUAAGAUCUGUACAUAUAUGCGACAUUAGAAAGCUCCUUUGCGUAAUUCAAUCCCGAUUUGUAAAGGAAGUGUUUUGUGUAGAAAAAAUUGAGUGCGUCGAAGUCUUUUAAAUAAAAUGAGAGGUGCAUCUGCCCUAAAAGCUUUAUGAAAUAACGGAAAUUCUUAGACUAAAUAUUUAAGCGAACUACUUGAAGAUCGUAAUUAAUAUGGUAAUUUCAAAAUUUUAAUCAAAACCAGUCAGAAAAGUACACAAAGUCUUUUUGGAGCUUAGCCAAAGAAAUUUUUCAUAUAAAAAUGCCUUCACAAACUGUUAAGGAAACUUUUUAAAGAUAUUUUUAUAUGAAUAUUCGAGGUCCUUAAGUUUAAACAAGGGUUGCCACAGAGUAAGGGAAAUAGCGAAAGUCAUUGUCGCUUUGUGAAUGUUAAUGGCAUUUCGUUAUUUGGAAUGAAAAAUAUCCAAAGGUAUAUAGAUAAGAAAACUUUCAAAACAAAUAGUACGCACAUAUGUAUGUAGAUAUUUGUGGAUGUAUUUAUGUCUUUACGUAAUGAGUUCACAUUAAAACUCCUGUCCUCAGAAGCAUGGUCUUCAUAAGAAUUGGAUUGUAGGUAAAAAACGACCAUUGUAUUAAGAAAUAUUCAGGAAUAGUGUUCGGAAUUGCUGAAUUUAUGCUGAACCUAAAUCAAACAUAAAAUAUUUACACAUACAUACGUAUAAUUGUCCGAUUUAUUGAAUAUUGAUGUACGCCCAUAAGUGUCUGGUCCCAACCGGGGUACCGAAAUUGCGCAUAUGGAAACUAUGCAUGUAGACAUUAUUUCGGUUUCAACUGAA